AUGCCAUACCAAGACGGCAGGCUCGGCAAUACCGUUGCUCCUGAUGAUCCUAACCGUUCAAGCGCCGGGUUCGGCCCAGGGGGAUUACGAGGCGCUCCUGCUGAUGUGGAUGCCAGGUUCGGAGGGUGGAGACAUGAAGGGGGUGGCUCGGAAGCAGGUUCGGACGGAGGCUCGGGUGGUGUUGAAAGGGGGUCUUUAAAGGAAGGGUUGAGGCGCACCGGUGACGGGAUUGAUAAUGUGCAAAAGGGUCGAAAUGGGGGGUUUAAUAACCUGGGAGGAAAUAGUGGGGGAAAUAACCCUAGAAAUUUGACAGCUUCUGGAAGGCGCGCGUCGGAAAAUGGACCGGAAUUUUCGGGCGAUGGAGGUCAGGGUCGUAGGGAGGAGAGUGAGGGAGUGAGGGAGAGGGGGAGAGAGAGGGGGUGGGAGAGAGAGAGGAAGAGAGAAAGCCAAAGGGAGCGGGAGAGAGGAAGUGCGGAGGAAGACGACGAGGAGAGGGAGAGGGAUUGGCGUGGAGAGAGGUCAAGAGAGGUGGAAGGGCGGCGGCAGCAGCAGAGGGACGGGGGAGGAAGCCAGAGGGAUGGAGGGGGGGGGAUGAGCAGGGGUGCUGUGAGUGAUAGCGUGGGGAACGGGAAGGGUUUGAGUAUGGACGAGGGGGAGGGAAGGAAUGGGAGCCUGAGGAGUGGAAAUGCGAAGGAGCGGAUGCAGGAGCAGCGGCAGCAGGAGGAGCAGCAGGAGGGUGGCGGGAAGAGGGCGAGGAAAGGGAAGGAUUCGUCACCUGAGCCAGAUGAGGAUUCAGGCAAUCAGGAGGGCAACAGCAGCGACGGCCAGCCACGCACUCUCAAGCGCCCCCGCCUCGUCUGGACCCCACAGCUGCACAAGCGGUUUGUGGACGCUGUGUCGCAUCUGGGCAUUAAGAACGCCGUGCCGAAGACGAUAAUGCAAUUGAUGAACGUUGAAGGACUCACUAGGGAGAACGUGGCAUCACAUUUGCAGAAGUAUCGCCUCUACCUAAAGCGGAUGCAGGGUCAUUCUGGGGACGACCCGUCAGGGGGCGAUCCCCUCUUCUCCUCCACAACCCUUUUUCUUCGGAGAAUACCGUUGUCUUAUCCCCUCUUGUCUCUCCUUUCCUUUCUCGCUCUCACCUUCUCCCUCUCGCAGGGUCAUUCUGGGGACGACCCAUCAGGAGGCGAUCCUCUCUUCUCCUCCACACCCCUCCCCACCAGCCUCAACAGCCCCCCACAGCCCUUCUUCCCGCCAUCCGCCCCUCCCCCCCCCACCGCUCCUCCCACUCUCAACCCCCUCGCCGCCGCCGCUGCCGCCGCAGCAGCAGCAGGGGGAAACACUAUGGGGAACCUCAGGGGCGCUCUAUCCGCGUUAGGAGCAGCAGGGCUCUCCUCCCUCCCCCCUUCACUCCAUCCAAACGACCCUCUCCUCUCCUCUCCUCAUUUCUCUGCGGCUGCUGCUGCUGCUGCCGCCGCCGCCGCCGCUGCUGCAGCAGCCGGAGGAGGGUCAACCCCCCUGCUCUCUUCCCAGCUAGCUGCGUCUCUUUCGAGUUCCCAGCAGCAGCAGCAGCAACAGCAGCAGCAGCAGCAGGCGGCAGCAGCGCAAUACCUUGCUGCUGCUCAUAACCCCGUGGGGAAUCCGCUUGGUGCUGCUGCUGCGGCUGCAGCUGCUGCAGCAGACCCGAUUCUGGGGCGAGCGCUGAGUGCGUAUGCAGCAGCUGCGGCGUUUUACGACCUUCAGAAUAGUCACGGGCAGAAUAAUCUCGGGCAGAAUAAUCAUGGACAGAAUAGUCUCGGGCAGAACAGUCAUGGUGGGGCGGGUUUGGGGGGAGGCGCUGGUGGGGGGAUGCAUGGGGGUGGAGGGCUUGGGGGGAUGCAUGCUGGGGGACUAGGAGGGGGACAUGGGGGUGGAUUAGGUGGGGGACAUAUGGGGGGGAUGGGGGGAGGGUCGAACCAGCCACCAGGAGCAGCGGCGGCAGCAGCAGCGGCAGCAGCAGCAGCAGCGGCAGCAGCAGCACAGCAGCAAAGGUCACCCUCCCUCCCCUUUGCCCCGUCCCAGUUCAAUCCUUUGCUCUCGGCAGCUUCAGGGGGAAUGGGGAGCCUAGGGACUGGGGGGACGGGGCUGGGGGGGAUGGGUAGUCUGGGGGCUGGGGGGGCAGGACCAGGGGGAAUGGGGAGCAUGGGGGGUGGGGGAGCAGGGCAGGGGGGGAUGGGGAAUCUGGGGAUGUCAGCAGGGGGGUUGGGGAAUGCUGGUAGUGGGAGUAGAUUCGGGCCUAUGAGUCACGCCAGGGAUAUUUUUGGCCGGGAUUUCCCAGGUGGUGGAUUGGGGGGAGCAAUGGGAGGGGAUAUGGGAGGCGCGGCAGCAGCAAUGGCAGCAGCUGCGGCGGCAGCUGCUGCUGCAGCGGCAGCCUCUUUCCAGAGCAGCAGUGAGGGAGGAAUGGUUGACUAUUGUAGCAACUCGGGAAGGAGGGGCGAAAGGGGGGGGAGAAAGGAGGGGCGGCAGGAGAAGGGCACUGUUGCCGGCACGGCAGGUGCUGAUUCUCUUUCCAGAGCAGCAUUGGGGGAGGAGGGGUGGAGGUCGUUUCUUUCUCAGAGCAGCAGUGUGAAAGAAGAGUGCUGGAUAUUUUUCUUCAUGGAGCAGCAGUGA